UGUCCACCUCAACCCCAUCCUCCUUGACACAUCAAACAAAAGCUUUUACUUCACGCUGACACAAACCCCAAAACUCACCUUCUUCAACAUUUUUCUUCGCUAUUUCAAUUUUUCACCUAGCUAAAUCUUUUACUACAAAUUCAACAAUUCUUCAAUUCAGAAGAAUCAAUUUCCAAGUAAUGUAUUUAUCAUCCGAAAAGCCUCGUCCAAUCGAUUUCUACAAAGAAGAAGCACGCGACAUGAUGAUGGAAGUAGUAACCACCACCGAUCUUCAACCGCCGCAGCUUCACCUCCAACAGCAACAACCUCCGCCGCAAAUGAUUCUUGGCGCAGAGAGCAGCGGCGAGGACCCGGAGAUGGAGAUCAAAGCUCCCAAGAAACGGGCAGAGACUUGGGUACAAGACGAGACGCGGAGUCUCAUUGGUCUCCGACGCGAAAUGGAUUCGCUUUUCAACACAUCAAAGUCGAAUAAGCAUCUUUGGGAGCAGAUAUCGGCCAAGAUGAGGGAAAAGGGUUUCGAUCGGUCGCCGACUAUGUGUACUGAUAAAUGGAGGAAUCUUUUGAAGGAGUUUAAGAAAGCUAAGCAUCAUGAUAGAGGUGGAAGUGGUUCUGGGAAAAUGUCUUGUUACAAAGAGAUUGAUGAGAUCUUGAGAGAUAGGAAUAAGUGUACUCAGUAUAAGAGUCCUACGCCUACUUCUAAAGUUGAAGCUUCUUACAUGCAGUUUUCUGAUAAAGGUAUUGAUGAUGCCAACAUUUCUUUUGGGCCUGUUGAAGCUUCUGGGAGACCAACACUCAAUCUUGAGAGAAGUUUGGAUCAUGAUGGACACCCUCUUGCCAUUGCUGCAGCUGAUGUUGCAGCAAGUGGAGUCCCUCCUUGGAAUUGGAGAGAAACUCCCGGAAAUGGUGGGGAAAGUCAGUCUUGUUGUGGAAGGGUUAUAUCAGUCAAAUGGGGCGAUUAUACAAGAAGGAUAGGUAUUGAUGGCACUCCAGAAGCCAUCAAGGAGGCAAUUAGGGCCGCUUUUAGGUUGAGAACCAAACGUGCAUUUUGGUUGGAGGAUGAGGAACAGAUUAUCAGAAGUAUUGACCGUGACAUGCCUAUAGGAAAUUACACUCUUCACCUUGAUGAAGGAAUGGCUAUUAAAGUGUGCCUAUAUGAUGACUCUGAUCAUAUCCCCGUGCAUACCGAAGAGAAGAUAUUUUAUACAGAAGAUGAUUACCGUGAUUUUCUGGCACGCCGUGCUUGGACAUGCCUUCGAGAAUUUGACGGUUAUAGAAAUAUUGACAAUAUGGAUGAUCUUCGACCUGGUGCCAUAUACCGAGGUGUGAGUUGAGGGCAGGUACAUGGUAUGAUGAUCAAUCAUCAGCUAUUUGCAUUAUAAAUGUCCUAGAGAACUGGAGGGAACUGUUUUGAUCUUUGACGAUAUGUAUAUGUGCAGCACUAACCUGAAAGCUGUAUUUGUUUAGUUUGAUAAAGCUGUUUAUAAUCAUAUAUUCCUAUAAUAGGAGAAUGAACGAGUCCCUAUGCCAUCUGUAAAUAUGGAUUGACUGAGAAAAAGAUACAGCUGUUUUACUUCUA